UUUAUUUUCUUUUUGGUUCCUGAGGCUGAGAAAAUCGAAUUCUUUGCAUCGAGAAAGAAAGAGCGUGGAAAGAGAGAAAAAAUAGGCAAUCAGGAAAACGCUACCUUGGUUCUGUGUUCCUUCUGAGAAUCUUUCUUCUCUUUAUCUCCGUAAAGAAGAAAGAUCGAUCGACCAAGUCAAUCUCAUCGCCAUUAAUUUGUUUCCUUGGAAGUGGAUGAGCGAGUUUUAAGACCAAUUAUUACCAGAGAAAAGCCUCAUAGUUAUGGGUCAAGCUUUUCGCAAGCUUUUCGAUGCCUUCUUCGGCAACACUGAGAUGCGAGUUGUAAUGCUAGGCUUGGAUGCGGCUGGUAAAACUACCAUUCUAUACAAGCUGCACAUUGGAGAAGUUUUGUCAACUGUUCCCACAAUUGGUUUCAAUGUGGAGAAAGUACAGUAUAAGAACGUAAUAUUCACAGUUUGGGAUGUUGGCGGGCAAGAGAAGCUAAGGCCAUUAUGGAGGCAUUACUUCAAUAACACAGACGGACUGAUCUAUGUUGUUGAUUCCUUGGACCGAGAGAGAAUUGGAAAAGCAAAGGCAGAAUUUCAGGCUAUCAUCAGUGAUCCAUUUAUGCUCAAUAGUGUCAUCUUGGUGUUUGCUAAUAAACAGGACAUGAAAGGAGCAAUGACACCAAAGGAAGUGUGUGAAGGACUGGGUCUCUUUGAUCUUAAGAAUAGGAAAUGGCACAUACAAGGGGCUUGUGCACUUCGUGGAGACGGCCUUUAUGAGGGUUUGGAUUGGUUGGCUGGGACACUCAAAGAGAUGCGAGCUGCUGGGUACUCUUCAGUUGGCACCUCGUCAUUCUAAUUUGAAGGUUUGGUUGGAGUAAAGGAGUUCUUCAAUUGUCAAAAGCCACAGAAUUGACCUUUUGCGUGUUGAGGAGCAAUGAACUGAAAUUUUUUGGAUUGUUUCCGAAGCUAAUGAUGUUCAAUAGGUGCUUUUUCCUCGGCCUUGAUGGCACUCAAAAAGUUGUAACUUCCUCCAAUGUAUAUUAAAGAUUAUCCAGGGUGUGCCAUUGAUUAAAAUAGACCUGGAUUCUAGCUUUCUGUAUGCUUUUGAUCUCCUGUUUAACCCACUCUGCAUAUAUUCUUAUAUCUUGUAGACCGAGGAUUGAUAAUAGUUAUAAGAUAUUGCAUAUUUCUCUC